AUAUUCUCUUCUCCCCUCCCCACCACCACCACCCAAUAUAUCUCUUUCUUUGCCUCUUCUUCUCUCAAUGUCAAACCUAACAACCACUCCCUCACGAACCACCAUCACCACCACCAGAGAGAGAAGCAGAGAAAAACAGAGAAACCCGGAAACAGAGAAACAGAGGAACCAGAAACAGAGGAUAGAGCUGAAACAGAGAGAAGCAGACAAAGUUUUCGUUUUCCAAUGGUCUGGAGGUUUGUUAAUGGCGUCAUAGACUCCUGGGACUGAAAGGGAGAAGCACUUACCGUUUCCUCAUCUUCUUGAUUUCUCAUUAUAACCAAAAAACCCUACGCUUCUUAUGGUUAGAUGGAAAUUUUUGACUGAUGGAGGAAAAUCUGGCUUGAGCAAUUAACGAGCUUUCUUUCAUCAUGCUGGUCUCACUGCUAAACUGGUGGGAAUAUGCGUGAAUGAAUCUCAAGAGACCGAUCUUGCUUCUCCUCUUCGUUUGAUUUUCUUGAACUAUAUAUAUAUCCUGUUUCCUACAUAUAUAUACUUUGGAUUCUAUCUAGCUCCUUUAGGGCAAAUCUCCUUUGGCAAAUAGUAAAACUAUAGCAGCACAAGUGAAGUUUCUCCCCUUAGCUGGCUUUGUUACAUAUCGCUUCUCAGUGGAGACUUCACUUUUGUUCCAGCUCCUCCCUCAUUCUAAGGGCAUAUCUCCUUUGGCAUAUUGGAACUCCGGUUACUUAUUCGGUUCCCCUUUUGAAGUUCUAUCCAUCUGGAUCCUUCAGUUCAUUUGUUUCGGCAAAUCUCCUUUGGCAUUUCAGAGUCCUUUAGUUGGCUCACCUUUAUCCCUCUAGGCGAGCAAAUCUCCUUUGGCAUUAUCAGAGUCCAUACCUGGCUCACGUUAUCAGUUAGCGAGCAAAUCUCCUUUGGCAUUAUCAGAGUCUUACACUCGACUCCUACUUAGUCACGGUCCGCAUCUAUCAAAGUAACUUCAGGGAAGGAAGAGACACCAUUUAAUCUAAGGCAUCUAAACUAUGGAUAUGAACCUUACUGACUCCGACUGGGAGAACUCCAGCGACAGUGGCAGCAGUGAACAAGAAGAAGUGGAGUUCUCUUACGGCGGACGUGCUCAAGACAUUUUCUCAAACCUCGAAGAGACCAUUGGCAAAAUCGACGAUUUCUUGUCCUUCGAGAGGGGCUUCAUGCACGGUGACAUUGUGCGGUCCACAGCUGAGCCCUCAGGACAGAGUGGCAGGGUCAUCAACGUGAACAUGUUUGUCAACCUCGAGAGUAUUCAUGGGAAGGUCGUGAAGGAAGUUGAUACCAAGAAGCUUCAGAGGCUGCGUUCUAUCUCGCUCUGUGAUUAUGUGAUCAACGGUCCUUGGCUAGGAAGGGUUGACAAGAUAGUUGAGCGUGUCUCUGUCACCCUUGACGAUGGGUCUAAUUAUGAGGUCCUUGUAAGCGAUCAAGAUAAACUUGUGGCCAUUCCUCCAAAUCUGCUAGAGGAUUCUCAGUAUUCUUAUUAUCCAGGGCAGAGAGUUCAGGUAAAGCUGGCUCAUGCUGCCAGAUCAACUUCAUGGCUAUGCGGGAACUGGAGGGAGAACCAAGCAGUGGGAACUGUGUGCUCUGUGGAAGCAGGGCUUGUCUACGUUGAGUGGGUUGCCUCCAUCAUGGGCGGUGGUGAUAGGAAUCUAACUGCACCUCAAUCUUUGCAGAGUCCUGAGAGUUUAACUUUGUUACCAUCUGUUUCUCAUGCGAGUUGGCAGCUUGGUGACUGGUGCAUCCUCCCUGGCUCGUCCCACUGCGAUAUAGAAGAGCUGCAAAAAGGUUUCAGCAGAAAUAUGCAGAGCUCAAGCUCUGAUGGGCCUUUUGUUAUCACGAAGACAAAGAUGAAGGUUGAUGUUCUGUGGCAAGAUGGUGGAUGCAGCACGGGAGUGGAUUCACAGCAGCUGCUUCCCGUUGGAGCUGUUAACGCUCAUGAUUUUUGGCCGGAACAGUUUGUUGUGGAAAAGGAAACCUGCAACAGGGAAAGGUGGGGAGUUGUGAAGGUUGUCAAUGCAAAGGAACAAACUGUGAAGGUGCAGUGGAGAACACUGGCUGAGAAAGAAGCAAGUGAGCAGAUGGAGGAAGUUGUCAGCGCAUAUGAACUGCUGGAGCACCCUGAUUUUGGAUUCUGUUUCAGCGAUGUGGUGUUUAAGUUAAGUCCAGAAGAAAAAAAUGAUCCAAAUGCAGGCACAAUCGUUGCUAUAGAGACGAAACACCAACUUACAGAGAGUGACUACAGUGGCAAAUGCUGUCUGUCAAGCAUUGGUGUUGUUGCAGGUUUCAAAAGUGGUGUUGUGGAGGUGAAAUGGGCCAAUGGUUCUACUAGUGAGGUUGCACCAUAUGAAAUUUGGAGGAUGGAAAGGUCUGAAUUUUCCAACUCUAGCACUAUAAGUUCUGCAAGUAGUGUUCAAGAUCUAAGUCAGAAGAUAGGUCAAUCAAAUGAAUCAUCUUCAAACCCUCAGCAAACGGGUCUGGUGAAUCUCUACAGUGCUGGUGAAAGCUGCAACAAUAACGUUCUGGAAUCUAGUUCGUUUUUCCUUCCAAAAGCUGCCAUAGGAUUCAUCACAAACCUUGCUUCAAGCCUAUUCGGUUCUCAUGGUUCCGCUCCUGCUAUAAGCUCGCAUUCACGUUGCAAUGACACUGAAGAACAAAGCGACUCUGAGGUCCUUGUUCAAGAAGCAACAGAGUCAUAUGACACCUCCGAAUCUAAAUCAGAUGGAGUGGAUAUGGACAUGCCUAUAGCAGGGACUAACAAGACACCAGAUUCAACUCUUCUAGACAACAGCAGGAAUCUAGUGAGCUUCAGACAGUUUGAUAUGGUUACUGACUGCUCAGACCAUCAUUUCUUUUCUUCGGCGAAAGAGUUGGCACAACCCCCGGUUACAAAGAGUUGGGUGAAGAAAGUCCAGCAAGAAUGGAGCAAUUUGGAGGCAGAUCUUCCCAACACAAUAUACGUGCGUGUGUAUGAAGAAAGGAUGGACCUUAUUCGUGCAGCCCUUGUUGGUGCACCUGGAACACCAUACCAUGAUGGACUAUUCUUCUUCGACAUAAUGCUUCCGCCACAGUAUCCUCAUGAGCCUCCAAUGGUACACUAUCAUUCAGGUGGGAUGCGACUGAAUCCUAACCUGUACGAGUCAGGAAGAGUCUGCCUGAGUCUGCUGAACACAUGGAAUGGCUCUGGCACUGAAGUGUGGAGCCCAGGGAGCUCCUCCAUCCUUCAAGUCCUUCUCUCGUUUCAGGCUCUUGUUCUGAAUGAGAAGCCUUACUUCAACGAAGCUGGCUAUGAUAAGCAGCUGGGCCGAGCUGAGGGAGAGAAAAACUCUGUGAGUUACAAUGAGAAUGCUUUCCUCAUCACCUGCAAAUCCAUGAUCUCGUUGCUCCGCAAGCCUCCAAAGCAUUUUGAGGUGCUUGUGAAGGACCACUUCACGCAACGGGCUCACCAUGUUCUGGCUGCGUGCAAGGCUUACAUGGAAGGCGUCCCUGUAGGAUCAUCAUCGAAACUGCAGGAGAGCUCAACCACAAACUCCACCGGUUUCAAGAUCAUGCUUACUAAACUCUACCCAAAACUUGUCGACGCAUUCUCAGAGAUUGGAGUUGAUUGCAGCCAAGGGGUUGCACUGGAACCAUGAAGGUUGACACUGUUAGUAACAUCUCCCUAACAUCCAAUAACUACUGUAUAAUAUUGGUUUGCGAGGUUGGGUAAGUCUCCUUCCUGUGUAGAAUAUGUUUUUGUACUAAAAUGUGUGAGAAUAAAGAAGGCUGUAACAUAGGCUCUCAUCUUGUAUAAUACCAAAAAGGUUUGUAGUUUGCAAGAACCAUCAACCAUGUAACAUAUUUUGUAAUAAAAAUGAAACACUUGUGUUUGUA